UUUAAAAAACAUCCACCCUUUCUUAAAAUAAAAUUCAGUUCAUUUGGUUGGUUAGUUUUGGGUGAAAAGGCAUAAGAUGGAUGCCGAUGAUGGAAGAAGUGUGUUACCUGAAAAUAACAACCAUGAUCAUCACCACUCCGACAAAGCGGCUGUUGGAAGUGGUCCAGUGAACAAAACCGGUGGCUGGAAAACUGUCCAGCUUAGUGUUCUUGGAGGCGCUAAGGCCGGAAGUAGCAGCGAAGGUGUGACCAAGACGGUCAAUGUAGCUGAAGUAGGGAAGAGAUUAUCGAGAAUCCAAGAUGUGGCGAAAAAGUUGAUGUAUUUGAAUGCCUCCUCAAAACAACCCAUACUCAAUGGAUUCAACUUUAGUGGCAAGAACAACGAUCCGGAAGCAGCGUGGAUCGCCUUGGAAAAGCGAUUUGAUGAACUCACUAUGAAAACUGGUGGCUUACUUCCAAGUUCAAGCUUCGGUAAAUGCAUAGGAAUGAACACAGAUUCAGACAAGUUCGCAGAAGAUUUGUUUAAAUCACUUUGCCAACGUAGAGGUAUAACCAGUGAUCCGAUUAACAAAACACUAUUUAAGGAAUUUUGGGAAGAAAUUUCUAAUCAGAGCUUUGAUUCAAGGCUAAAGAUUUACCUGGCAAUGAUUGAUAAAGAUAACGACGGUAAGAUCACAGAAGAAGAAAUCAUGGAGAUUAUCAAGGCAAGUGCAUCAGCCAACAAGUUACCAACUAUUGAAAAGGAUGCAGAAAAAUAUGCAGCAUUCAUCAAGGAAAAGUUAGACCCGGAAAAACUCGGUUAUAUCAUGAUUGACAAGUUGGAGAAGUUAUUAAAAGAUGCAGCAACACGUAACGAUAUAGGAGAAACACAUGACUCAAGCGAAUCGUCUAGACAACAGUUCAAACUAACACAAUUUUUACAUGAUAAUUGGAAGAGAUGUUGGGUGGUUGUACUUUGGAUAGGAAUAAUGGUUGGUUUGUUUACGUGGAAGUACAUUCAAUACAAACACCGAGCUGUAUAUGAUGUGUUAGGGCCGUGUGUAUGUAUAGCGAAAGGUGCAGCUGAGACUUUAAAACUAAACAUGGCGAUUAUGUUAUUACCUGUUUGUCGGAACACAAUUACUUGGUUGAGGAACAAGACUAAGUUGGGUGCCGUGGUUCCGUUCGAUGACAAUAUUAAUUUCCACCAAGUGAUUGCAGUGGCGAUCGCGAUUGGAGUUGGGUUACACGCGAUUUCCCAUUUAGCAUGCGACUUUCCCCGAUUAAUCCACGCAACUGAGGAAGAGUAUAAACCGAUGCAACAAUAUUUUGGGGAUCAAGCGGAAAAUUAUUGGCAUUUUGUAAAGGAAGUAGAAGGGUACACGGGAAUAAUAAUGCUAGUACUAAUGAUUAUAGCUUUUACACUAGCAUGGCUAAGAAAAGGCCUCAAACUACCCUCAUUAACAAGAUUUAAGGCAUUCAAGAACUCAAAGUCGUAUAAUUCCAUCGUAAAGAAAUUAACAGGACCUAUUGCUGCUAUUAACAAAUUAACGGGAUUUAAUAUCUUUUGGUACUCCCACCACCUCUUUGUUAUCGUCUACGCACUGCUUAUAGUUCACGGGAUUAAACUUUAUCUCACCAAGGAAUGGUACAAGAAAACGACUUGGAUGUAUUUGGCGGUUCCAAUCUUGCUCUACGCUUGCGAGAGACUGAAAAGGACAUUUCGAUCUCGUUUUGAUCCAGCCAAGAUACUUAAGGUGGCUGCUUAUCCUGGUCGUGACGGGGUAUUGGCACUUCGAAUGAGGAAGCCUGAAAACUUUAAUUACAAGAGUGGAGAAUACAUGUUUGUCAAGUGUGAUGCUGUCUCCCCAUUUGAAUGGCACCCAUUUUCCAUUACAUCUGCCCCAAGUGAUGACUACCUGAGUGUGCAUAUCCGGGCUCUUGGUGAUUGGACUAAAAAAAUUAACAAAAUCUAUUCAGAGGCCUGUUUGCCUGAUGAAGGAAGUGAGAUUCGUAAAGCUGAUUUUCCGGAACAAAUUCCGAAUAACCUAAGAGUUCUAAAAAUUGACGGUCCAUACGGUGCACCCGCACAAGACUACAAAGAUUACGAAGUGGUGUUGCUAGUGGGCUUAGGCAUUGGAGCAACUCCAAUGGUCAGUGUUGUGAAAGAUAUUGUGAAUAACAUUAAAGCCAAAGAAGAAAAACAAAAUGCAUUGGAAGAUGGUACAAUAUCACAAAAGAACAAACUUAGUCCAACAAGAGAACAUGAGUUUAAAACAAAAAGGGCUUACUUCUAUUGGUCCACUAAGGGACAGAAUACGUUGGGUUGGUUUAAAGAUGUUAUGGAUGAGGUUGCUGAGAUAGGCAAAAAUGAUGUCAUACAGAUUCACAAUUAUUGCACAAGUGUUUACGAGGAAGCAGAUGCGCGAUCGUCUUUAAUUACUAUGCUUCAGUCACUCUAUUAUGAUGAAAAGGGUGUUGAUAUUGUAUCUGGUACCCGUGUGAAGACUCAUUUUGCUAGACCGAAUUGGCAGAAAGUUUACAAAAGAAUUGCGGAUACUCACAAAGGUUCCAAAAUAGGGGUUUUCUAUUGUGGAUCACCAGUAGUAAUAAAAGAGCUAAAAGAAUUAGCUUUAGAAUUCACUGAUUCAUCAACCACGUUUGAGUUUCACAAAGAGAAUUUCUAAGAAAACUUUCCUUUCUGCCCUUCAAGAAAGAAUUUCUAAUAUUUUAUGUUUUGUGUUUUUUAUGCAUAUAUCCUUAUAUAGUAUCAGAGUUGUAAAUUAAUGAUUGAAGACAUCCAUGAUUGUUGUCAUCCCUCAAUCAUGCUGGUUAGUUUGUUGUAAAAUUAAGUAAAUUUAAUUUAUUCAAUUAAACCUUAAUUUCUUGUUGAAAAA